GCCGCUUCAGAUUCCUAUCAGGCCGGCGCCAUGCGUGGCCCAAAAAUAGCGAGUAAUAUUGGCAAACUGCCCCUAUAACACUGUACUAACGUUAGUUUAGUGUACGUGCAGCUCCGUUGAGGAUGCUUGAUACGAUCGUGGACCUAUUCAGCUGCUCUUCUGGAGGUAGUGUUAGGAAGUCAUCUUCCACUUCUUGGUUCAAAGGCAACAACAAUGCGUCCAUCGCCGUACCAUCGAAAGACGGCGGUCUGGGCAUUAGCCGGGCACAGUGGCGCGGCAACAGGACAGCAUCAAUCGGGAGCACAGGCGCAGGCGCAGGCGGGAAUGCAGGCGGAGACAGCGGGGGGCGGUGCAACGGGACCGCGCCUCAGGACGGCGGAGAGGCCGGGCCAAAGGGGCCGGACCAGCUGGAGGGGCCGGGCACAGCUCAGAAUGACUCUCUUCACCUCAAGAGACGGGUGGGACUCGUCAGUGGGGUGGCUCUAAUUGUCGGCACCAUGAUAGGUUCUGGAAUAUUCGUUUCCCCUUCUGGACUGUUGGAGAGAACAGGAUCCAUUGGGAUGAGUUUUGUGAUAUGGAUGGCAUGUGGAUUGCUAUCCCUGCUAGGUGCUCUGUCGUACGCAGAGCUAGGCACGAUGAACACAUCGUCGGGUGCGGAGUACGCGUACUUCAUGGACGCUUUUGGCGCUCCGCCCGCGUUCCUGUUCUCGUGGGCCAGUACUCUGGUACUGAAGCCCUCACAGAUGGCCAUCAUCUGCCUCAGUUUCGGCAAAUACGCCGUAGAGGCGUUCGUUACUGAAUGCGAGCCGCCUGACAUUGUCGUCAAAAUGGUCGCGUUGCUUGCCAUGGUUGUGAUAUUGUACGUGAAUUGCUACAGCGUAAAUCUUGCCACAAGUGUACAAAAUGUCUUCACGGCAGCAAAGUUGGUUGCUGUGCUGAUCGUCAUAAUGGGAGGAGCGUAUAAGAUGUUUGAAGACCACUUUUAUUUUUCAGGAAAUACUCAACACUUGAAGGAACCAUUCAAGGAUACACAGUUUAGCAUCGGAAACAUCGCAACUGCAUUUUACACAGGCCUAUGGGCUUACGAUGGUUGGAAUAACUUGAAUUACGUCACAGAAGAAAUAAAAAAUCCAUCCAAGAACCUGCCACGUAGCAUUGUCAUAGGCAUUCCGUUGGUAACGGUGUGUUACGCCUUAAUCAACGUUUCGUACUUAACAGUGAUGUCUCCAAUGGAAAUGGCGACCAGUGAAGCGGUAGCGGUGACGUUCGGUAACCGUGUCCUAGGAGUGAUGUCCUGGCUCAUGCCGCUAUCUGUAACAAUCUCCACAUUCGGAUCGGCGAACGGAACCCUGUUUGCUGCCGGAAGGUUGUGUUUUGCAGCCAGUAGGGAAGGCCAUCUGUUGGACAUCCUAAGCUAUGUGCAUGUCAGAAGAUACACACCGGCACCUGGCUUGGUGUUCCAUUCCAUAAUAGCUGGAGCCAUGGUGAUGUACGGUACCAUUGAUUCUUUGAUAGACUUCUUCAGUUUCACUGCAUGGAUAUUCUACGGGGGAGCAAUGGUAGCUCUGAUUAUGAUGCGGUAUACGAAACCAAACUACCCUAGGCCCUACAAGGUGCCGAUUAUCAUUCCUUACUUGGUUUUAGUGAUCUCUAUAUACCUGAUAAUAGGUCCGAUAGUGGAUAAGCCUACGAUUGAGUACCUGUAUGCCUCGUUCUUUAUUUUGGGAGGAAUGGUAUUCUACGUUCCAUUUGUGCAUUAUAAACUACGAAUACCAUACAUGGAUGGGGUCACCGUAUUUCUGCAAAUGCUAUUUGAGGUAGCACCAACAACAUCGAUGUUUGAUUGAAAUAAUAAUAUAGACAUAACUAUAAAAUGCUCAAGAUAUGAUAGAUAUAAUUUAUCCUCUACUGAAAUCAUGGUUACAGGAAUUACAUUUUGGUACUCCAUAACAUCUUAUUGAAGCAAAUAAAAUCAUGUAGAAUAACGACACCUGUCAAUUCUGUAGCGCUCAAAAAGGUUUAAUGAAGGCAGGCAAUAUAAGAACCAAUGAUGAAGCAACGACUUCCCAAAAUAAACUUGGUCGGUAAGGAUUUGUUGAGAAAACCUGAGUUGUAAUAUGUUGAGGAGUACUGCAUUAUUAGGUAAAAUAAUAAAAAACUAAUAAAUUGCACGAAUCAUUCCAACAUUGUUGGACAAACUGUGGGGUGCAACACGGCUGUCCUAAUGAUAUAUACUUUUACUAGAAAGUGUUACUUUUAAGGAAAUAAAGUUGUAUAUUUUUAUAAAUUAUAGAGGCUUAGUUUGUAUGGUACUGACGGUGAUCGAACAACAGCUAGCUUACCUUAUAUAGUGGUUGUGACAUCACCUUUUUGUGAAAAUGUGUUCUAGAAGAUACGCUAUUUGCUGCAGGGUAUUCGUACAACAACAUACUCGUACAACAAAUAAGGUUGAUAAAAUUUGGCCGUUUUUCGCCCAUCACAUUCUUGGAGAUGAUCGUUAAAAGUUUGGAUUUAGGCUAUUUUAUCAAGUUUACGUAUAUUCAUUUACUUUUGCAAUAAAAUGACAAAAAAAUAUGAAACAUCUUAAACUCAGCAUGUAUAUUGAAUUUUAGCCAUUUUAAAGUUUUAUUUUGAAAAAUUGCUUAACAGCUUUGGGCGUCACAAUGUACAGGAGUAUUAUUGAUGGCUAAAAAUACAGGAUAUGAUUCUUUAGCUUAUUUUUGCAGGAAAAGUUUAUAUGAACAUAUGUCCUAAACCCCUUAACGUUUGUUAACAUUUUAAGAAAAAAAAUCGUGUUAUUAUAAGUUUAAUACUGUUCUAGAUAUCUUCUUGAAAUUUGACACGCACCUACUAAGCGCCAAUAGGAAUUUUUUUAAGUAGAAUAUUUUGCAACAAGUUUUGACAAUUUCUGUGGAUCAAAGAAACUAAUACUAUUUAAUUGAAUUAUCACAAGAAUUGUUGAAAAUGUCCUCAUUCACUUAGAAUACCGGCUUCAAUUCACUUUCUCAUGGUUUGUCGAACCCUUUCCAAAAUCCCAGAAGUAUUUCUUAUGGUUUGUCAAGAAAGUAAAAUUUUCUGCCUUAGUUCCUCUACAAUUUGAACCAGUGUAGUAUAAAGUCUUGACUUGCCCCUACAAAAUAAUUAAAUAGUCUAAACUGUUUAAAUCAGGACACCAGGGAGGCAAAGAUUGAGUUCCCCUAUCCAGCGAUUCGGAAACGCUUAAUUUUGUAAUUCCCUACCAUGAAUGCUGAAAUUUGAAGGAACACCAUCAUGCAUGUACAUCUUUUCUUCUCUUAAUAAUAGAGGUGCGUCCUCGAGCAAAAUUCGCAAAUCGUUUUCAAUAAAGUGACGAUUGGAUAGUUUAUAAAGUCGUCCUGGAAGGAAGAACGGUCCUAUGAGGAAACCUUCAACUAUUCCAGCUUGAUAUAUAAUCAAGUUAACAAGUCAUUUUGGGUUUACUAAGGAUGGAUCAACUGUGGAGAAUUUGGUGUCUUAUAAAGCUGAUCUGUUGGAGGCCUUGGAAAGGGGUCCACGUGGAUGUAAUCUACACAGCCUUUUCCAAGGCUUUCGACAGAGUGAACUUCCGACAUUCUAUUGACAAAGUUGUCAGCUACCUUAAGCUGGUUAGAGAGCUUGCUUUAAGGAAGGACUCAAUCUCUAAAAAUCAGUGGGUAUCUGUCUUCGAACUUCAAGGUUACAUCAGCGGUUCCUCAGGGAUCCCAUUGUGCUACUCUCCUAUUCAUUUUGUUUGCGAAUGACAUACCUGAUGUUCUUAUUCAUUAUAAAGGAACUAUGUUAGCUGAUGACCUGAACAUUUCCAGAACAAUUAUUACGGAGAAAGACGACAUAGUAGACACAGUUUACUUGUAUCUGAACUCUGAUAAAUGCUUUUUCACAAGUUUCUUCAAAAGUAGGAGUAGAAUUUCAACUGGCUAUAAAUUAAAUAAUGAUGCCUUAUCUUAUUAGGCUACCGCUAGGGAUCUUGGAGUGCUUUUUGAUGAAAGGCUUAACUUUUCAGACCAUGUUAUCAAAGUUAGCAUAAAGGGCGUACAGAUGCUGGGCUUUAUUUGGAGAAAUUGCAAGUGUUUUACAAUGAACAGCUUCGAAAUUUUAUACUGCUCCUUGGUAAGAUCAAAUCUAGAAUAUGCCACAGUAGUAUGGUCCCCUCAGUACCAGAGUUAUAAAUAUGACAGAGAGCGUGUCCUGUAUAAAUUUUUACGUCUUCUUUAAAGAUGAACUUAAACAUGACGGAAUAUCAUUGAGCUGACAUGUUAGAACAUUUGCGUUUACCUACAUUGGGACAUACAGGCGCUUGGUCUUUGAUGGUUGUUUAGCUUUCAAAAUUUUAUUGGGGCUUAUCGAUUUUGAAAUUUUGUUAAGUUUAAUAGAACAUUGCGUCAGCACUCUCCACUCGAUAGAGCGCUUCGUGUUAUCAAUUUGGCUCAGUUUGAUAUUGACAUCGUUACCUGUACACCCUCACGCUCUUUUAAUUUUUUAUUUUUAUAAUUAUGUCGUGUGAGCUUGCAUGUUGUAAAUGUUAUUCCCAUUUUGUAAUUUUAUUUUGUAAAAAUGGGGUUACCCGUAAAUUUAGUAAAUAAAAUAAAAAAAUAAUCAAUUAAAUUACAACCUGUAGGGUCUUAAUGAUAUGCUGUAAUUACAAGGAAGGAUUCCUGAACCAAAUUCAAGUAGAAAAGUUCAUACAACAUAUGUACUAUGAAAGGUCUGAUUUCCAAGAUAAAGGGAAUCGAAGAUUAAAAAAAUAGUUUUUGACAGGAAAAAUAAUAGCAAACUGUCAUGGAAGGUCAUAGCAACACAACAACGUACCCUAACAACGAUCAAAGUUGAUUUGAAUAAUUUUUCGACACGUACCUAAUGGUUUGCUUUUUAAUGUUUUCCCUCGGAAACGAAGUGAGAUACCGAAAGACAAAAAGUAGUAUGAUUCACUGCUCAGUCAGAUAUAGGCAUAUUUUUAAAGUCAGUGGCGUACAUUUUUCGUCAAUGCCCCUUAAUAUCUUCUUACAAUGAACAAUACUGACAAAAUUCAACAUAACCAACACAAGCAUGUUUCAGAUAUUAACAAAAGACCAACUUUGACACAAUGUAUUGUGGAAACCAGACUUUCUAGCGCACAUGUUUAUAUGAACUUUGGUUUAGAAAUACGCCCGUAUAAUCACGGCCUAUUGAAAUAUUGAAAAAAAUAGUGUUACUAAUUGCCCGAUUUGUGCAAAACGGCCGACAUUUAUCCGCCCCCAUUACAAUCAAGGACGUACCUGUAAGUAGCAUAACGCCUCCCCCAGGUUGGUAUAUCUACAGACAAAGCCAAAUGAUAAAUGAAUAUACUAUUUUUUCUGAUGGUGCAUUUUCGAAAUGAUUAUAUACAUUUAUAGGAAAAGUCUGAAUAUUUUAGAUGUAUCUUCUCUUCCUUGUAACCAUGAUAUAUUUUCAAAGUAAUUUUAAAGAAUGUUUAAGGUAAAAGUAUGUUGCUAUCAUUCCUUACCUAAACAUUGUUGAUCGUUUGAUAUUUAUUUUUAAAUUGAUGUUAUAUUUUUUUACACCAAAAAUUUUACAGACAUGAAAGUAAUCUCACAUGUACCUAAUGCAAUGAGGUUUAAAAGUAGAAUGUUAGUUCAUCUUAGUGCAAAUACACGUGUCAAAUAAUGUUUAUGAAAUGUGUACAUAUCCAUGUUGCUUUCAUGUUGUGAUUUUUUAUAAAAUCAAAAGUUUAUUUGUUAAGUUUUUAUAAAACAGAUACAUUGUUGCCAAAUGAUGUGAAGCUAAUGAUGUAAUAAAAAUAGUAAAAUCUACA